AUGAAGAUUAAAAGUUCUCUCCGUGCUUUGUCUGAGACAUUGGAGUACCUCCUCGGGGCUCCGAGAAUUUCUCCUACAGAUGGCGGAAUGAUAAAAAAUAGACUGGGUGAGGACAAGGGCGUCAUUUAUGUCGAGGAUGAUUUCCUCGAUCAGAUCAAUUGGAGAAGACGAAGCAGAGGA